GUGACACUCUCCGGUUUUCUCAAUUUUAUUGAUGGCCUAUGGUCAAGUUGUGGCGAUGAGCGAAUCAUAAUUUUUACAACAAAUCACAAAGACAAGCUUGACCCUGCGUUGUUGCGGCCGGGACGAAUGGAUGUGCACAUCCACAUGUCUUAUUGCACCCCAUGCGGAUUCAAGCUUCUUGCUUCGAAUUAUCUCGGUAUCCAACAGCAUGAGCUUUUCGGAGGGAUUGAGGAAUUGAUUCGAACUGUAGAGGCGACUCCGGCGGAAGUAGCCGAGCAGCUAUUGAAGUAUGACGAGCCCGGUGCUGCUCUCAGUGGUCUGAUUGGUUUCCUCCAUGUGAAAGAGAAUGAAAAUAAUGAAGCCAAGGCCAAGAAAAUAAAGCAAGAAUCAAUCGAGAAGGAGGUGAGUGAACCAGGAAAUGAGAGUGAAAAUGAAGAGAAAGAAGGCACAUCCUAA